AUUUCAGUCCACUCGGAGUCGUCUGUUGCGUCGGUUGCUCGAGUCCCUUCCGUUUGCCAAAAAAGAAAAGCGCGGCGGCUGGUGCGUUUGUUUUCGCCUCGUAGAUGCUGGCUGCAAUCGAGCACAACAAAAGCUGCGGUGGCAGCAAUAAAAACGAGGAGCGAAAUUAAGCGGAGGCGCUGGAAACAAAAAAAAAAAACUAACGAAAUCAGGCGACCCCAAAUAAACAAUCAUCACAUAAAUACGUAAUCAACAAGCGGCCCCAAAAAAAGAGGCUCCUUGGCUGGCAGCCAACGGCAAACCACCCACCAGGCCCCACCACCCACUGAACCACCCACUCAGCCACCCACCCACCGCAGCAUGUAAAGCUCUGUGGGCGGGGGGAGUGGCACAGACACUUUUGGAGGAGGAGGUGUGAGUGAAGCGAUGUGAAGGCAAAACAUUUUGUAAUAUUAAAGAACAGACAGCAGGAGGAGGACGAGCACCUGUUGCCGACCCGUCCACAAAAGACUGGACUACACUGGACUGGACUGGGCGAAAGUGUGCGGUGAAAGGCCAGGUGAAAGGUGAAAGUAGUAAGCUGAGAGCAGCAAAAGCACCGCAACAAUGGCCGUAAAUGUACUGGACUACGAUCACUUCGCCAUCAGCGCCAUCGUGGUAGGCUCUUUGCAGCUGGUCUUCUUCCUGAUCAACUCCAUUCUCCAGAUGGACAAGCUGACGGACUUUGCCGGCGGGGUGAACUUCAUCAUCAUCUCCCUGCUGACCUUCUUCCUCGGCCAAAUCGAUCGACCAUCGAAGGCCUAUGACAGUCGCCAGCUGAUGGUCACCUUCUUCGUUUGCCUGUGGGGCGCACGGCUGUCCGGAUAUUUGCUAUAUCGCAUUAUAAAGUUGGGUCGCGACAAGCAGUUCGAGGAUACCCGCCGUAACAUCAUUCGCUACGCGGUUUUCUGGACCUUCCAGGCCGUGUGGGUGUACAUUGUGUCACUGCCUGUAAUAAUCAUCAAUUCACCGCGCCACUCGCAGCCGCGUGCCCCAAAGACUAUGACCACAUUGGACUCCACGGGAACGGGUAUGUUUAUCGUUGGUCUGCUGGCGGAGACCUAUGCGGAUCUCCAAAAGUUCUCAUUCCGCCAGGAUCCGGCCAAUCAGGGCAAGUUCUGCAAUGAUGGACUUUGGAGCGUGUCGCGGCAUCCCAACUAUUUUGGCGAAGUGGUCAUCUGGUGGGGCAUCUUUGCCAUAUCGCUGAAUGUGAUCAGUGGCCAUGAGUGGGUGGCGAUUGCCUCGCCCAUUUUCACCACGAUGAUCAUCCUUUUUUUGUCCGGGAUUCCGCUGCGGGAACGUAGUGCCGAUGAAAAAUACAAAGACCAACUGGAGUACCGGAAGUACAAGGCCUCGACCUCGCCGCUGAUCCCAGUGCCUCCAGCCGUCUACGUGGAGGUGCCCAGUGCCCUGAAGUUCAUCCUGUGCUGCGAGUUCCCCAUCUACGACUCGAUGCGGAUCCAGAAGGACCUCAGUCCAUACUCGCUCUCGAUAGCCCGCUCCCACUCGCACAUCUAGCAGUCAGUGGCCCACUCCAGCAGCGCGGCGGCUGGCGUGGGUCAACUGAAUGCCCAUUCGGGAGGUCACUCCGGGGGCGGCCACUCGGUGGGUCUCUCGCUACACCGGGGUCAGUGCUAUGGGGCCAAUGGCGGCGAUGCCGAGAGUCACCAGAACUGUGGCGGCAGCUGUCGGAACGUGCACGUCAAGUCGAAUCCCUACCAGUGCGAGGCGGGCUACGGCCACUAUCCGGUGUGCCACACCGACGACGACACGGAUGACGGGAUCAUCUACAUGGACCGCACCCACUUCUACCACGAGCAGGAGCAGCAUCCGGCGAAGGCGGUGUCCAGCACCAAGUGCAGCUACCUGGCCGAGGAGGAGCUGGCCUCCGACUACGACGAGGAUGUGCCGGCCAUCGACCUCAGCAAGGCCACCAGUGUGGAGAGCUUUGGUACCCGGGUGCAGUCGGAGCAGGCCGUGAAUGCCGACGGGCUACCCGUGACCGUGACCACGAUUUUGUGAUUGCCACUCUAAGAUUUCUUACCGAACCAAGUGAUGUUGUUCGGAUCGGAUUUUUAUAUUGCAUGUACAAUGGUGUGGAACUCUUUGUAAGUCCUUGAAAUGGUGCGAUUUCGGAGUAUUUUAAUAUCUAGAAUUUUAUUCUUUAACAAAAUAUUUGCAUGAGGUUUAUUAAUCUUUAAUCCAGAUCUUUUUUCUUGUAAUUAUUCUAUCCUAAGGUUGUUUUAAAUUCUCAAAGGGUUAAGUUACCAAAGAUAAUGUUCAUUAAGUUUUGGAAACUUAAAAGUGAGAUCGCCUAUUCUUAAAAAUAUGUGGCAUGGUUCUUGUAUAUAUAUAUUGACUAACCCCAAGGUUAUUUAGGUCAUGAUUUUAAAGGCGAAACGCAAAGGUACUACCCAAUCUUUUAAAAAGAAAUUCGUUCCACUCUUUUGUAUAGAAAUAAAUAUAUUUUAUUCUGACAAAUGCCAAAGUACCGGAUGGUAAUGGUACCUAGCAUAUUGGAUACUCACAGCUGUCUAACACUCUAGUCUCUAUGCUAUUGUUGCUCAAAUAACUAAUGUGCCUCUUAUGUGCUCUGCGCACCCCUAGAUUGUUGCACUCUUACAAAGUUUACGCUAGCCUCUGUUGAACUCUCGUUGCUCCGCGACAAAUGUUGCCCCCAGAUCAAGAAUGAAGAUGAAACCCUAUAUAUAUAUCUAUAUCUCAACUACAUAUUUUCGUAUCGUAUCGAACCGCAAAUCCACACCCCACCAAACAAAAGGAAUCGAAUCUGAAGCCAUUUAAACUGAAACAUAUCCCAAGGCAACGCAAACCCAACCAAAGGUCGAUUUACACAUACAAUAAGUACAAGAAUUGUCGCAGUGAAUUACGAUAGAGGACGUUCGAUAGCCAUUGUUAUUUUAUAUACAGAAAUAUCUACUCGUAGUAGCUAAACAGAGAAAUAUACCCAAAUGUAUGUGCGUUACCCAAAAUGUUCUCGAUAAGUGUACGUGUCUGUGUCUAGUUUGUGUCUCAAAUGUUAAGCAGUAUUACCUAAUGAACGAAUUGUACCUAAUUGAUUAUGCUGAGUAUGGAAACUAAUAAACGAAACUACAAUUAAA